AUGAUUUCAUAUCCACCUACCCGGUGUCAAGCGGUGACGGGACACACACAAUAUAUAAGAACGUCUGGUGCGCGUUGUGUCACGGAGAACGUCGGCGGGUCGUUUACUGGAAACCUUUAUGCGACUGUUGCGGGCACGACAAACGGGUGUUACCGGUACAGGUUCGGCUGGAGAACGCGUCCGACCACACCCUGUUGUACCGGCCGAGACGGCAAGUGGUACUACGCAGACUACAAAAACAGGACGUUAUUCUCGUGUGACUACAAGAUCCGGCCACCGGACUCGAUCGCCACUCCACCAUUGCGCCCGUGCGUCGGCGAAGGAUCCGCUGAAGGUAUCGUGGACGGCCGUCCCGUCGGCACGCCCACCGCCAUGGCAUUGGCGUGCGCGUCACACACAUACACCAUUUUCGAGUACCCGUCAAGCGAUGGCAAUAAUAUUCGCGUGUUCCGAAACGUCGACUGCGCCCGGUGCAACGGCUUGACCAUUAACCAGUUGAUGUGCGACACCGCAUGA